UGUGGUUUCGACGCGCCGGCGAAUGAAGCUUCGGAAAAACGUGAUGUGGUCAAAAUUGUAACAAAGGACGAUUGCGUUUUCCAUGUAUCUCGAGAUGUCAUCCAUAUGUCGAAGACCAUCAACACAAUGAUCAGUGAUCUCGGGGUUGACAGCAGCGACCCGAUCCCGAUAUGCAAUGUGAAUGGGGUUACCAUGAAAAAAGUGCUGGAUUGGUGUGCUUAUCACAAAAACGAUCCGCCGCUUGCUGACGACAAGAGCAAAACAGGGACUUCAGAAAUAAGUGCUUGGGACAAGCAGUUCUUCAGUGUCGAUCAGGAAACAGUGUUCGAAUUGAUUCUCGCAGCAAAUUACCUAGAUAUCAGUGGUCUGCUGGACGUCGCAUGUCGAGUGGUUGCCAACAUGAUUAAUGGGAAGACUCCUGAAGAAAUUCGCCGCACCUUCAACAUAAUCAACGACUUCAGUCCAGAGGAAGAGGCCCGAAUCCGUAAGGAGAACGCCUGGGUCGAGGAGUAA